AUGGAUGAAUUUCAGACUUUCUUUCAUAGCUUAGGUGAAAAACAAUAGACUCCUAUUUCUGAAGAUUACCGAAAACAAUUCAAGAUUAGAGGGGAGUUCAUCUACCCGCAUAAUAAGAAGUUUGAUCAGAUUUGCAAAAGCUUUUUGGAAGAUGAAAAAUUAAGGAGCAAAAGAAAAUGGGAUAAUUCCUUUAAACUAUUUUUGAUAUGGUUUCUAGUUAAAUAUUUCGAGAAGUAAAAUCAAAUAACAAUACGACCGGGUGAGAAUGAUUGGAUUAAUUUUGAAAACAUUCUGAAAAUAGAUAAGCAUGCUUUACAGUAAAGGUGGAUUACAUUGAUUAAUCCUCAGAUGAAAUCUAUCAAUUGGUUGUAGGAGGAGGACGAUUUCAUAAAGAAUCAAAUGAAUUAAAAGAAUAAGCACAUAUGGACUUAGAUUGCCGUGUCUCUUUAUGAGAGGAGUUUGCAAGGGAAUAUUCGAACUCCAAAACAAAUUAGAGAGCGAUGGAUGAAUUAUUUGAAUCCUGAAUUAAAUAAGGAACAAUGGUUGCUCAAAGAAGAUUUGAUUAUAUUAAAUAACGUUGUGAAAAAUGGGAAAAAGUGGUCUCAAAUUUCAUAGUAAUUGAAUGGAAGAACUGAGAAUCAGGUGAAAAAUAGAUACAAGUCAUUAAUACAUAAAAUCUGCAAGGAUGAUGAAUGCGAUGAAAUAGAGAUGAUCAAAUAGUACAUAAGAAAAAAUUCUGCUCACAUGGAUUCUAAUAAGCAAGGUAUAAUUGGUAAAAGGGGAAGACACAAAAAGGGAAUGAGAAAUAAGGAACAAAAAGCAGAAGCAAAGAAACAAAAAAAUAUUCCUAAAAUAAUAAAGUAAGAAGAACAACUAUCCCAAUAACCUCUCGUAUAAUAACAAUAAUAGGCACCAUAAUAAUAGUUAUUUACACAAUCCUAACAAUUGUAAAUGUAAUAAUAGAUGCAACAAACUUAAUAAUUGCAAUAGUUGUAGCAGUUAUAAUAGUAGAUGAAUUUUAAUUAGGAAGAAAUGAAGUUGGCAUUAAACUUGUAAUCCACUUUUAAUUAGGAGGAUAUGAAAAAUGCAACUCCAUUGAUGAUGUUAUAAUGCUUAACUUCCCCAGGCUAUUAGUAUUUUGAAAAUCAAUGCUUGAGAUAAUUGUCUCCUGGAAUGAUUGAAGAGGUGGAAUGUCAUUAGAAUUCGUCAUUAUAAUUACCAAAAAUGGCUAAUAUUUACAAGGUGAAUUCUACAUCUCCAUUUUUGCUUGGGUCUAUGAUGCAGUCUCCAUUUUGGAACAACGAUCAAUUUAUUCAAUAGAACGAAGAUCAAGUGGGAGCUACAUCCAAUCAAACUUUCACCUAAUAAAUUUCCACAACUCCUUAUUUAAAUCUGAACUACUUCAGACCUCAAUAGAUGAAUGGGUUCUCCAAAUAGAAGGAAUUAGAUUUAUUACAGGAGAAUCCAAUAUAGCAAUUCAAUAAAAGAAGAAAUAUUAAUUAAUAGUGA